AUGGAGAAUACACUUCAGGGGAUAUAUCGCCGGCCACUCCCGCUGCUCGCCACCCUCACCGCCGCCGCCGUCUGUCUCUCUCUCACCAUCGUCCACCGCACAACCCGGCGGAUUGCCGCCUUGGAGUCCGGCAUUGUGCAUCUCUUCAUUCCACCCCGGUGGUCACGCGGGCCCAAUUACUUCUCACGCUGCGUUGCCCUCGAAACACUUCUACGCCUCGCACGACAACCGUACAUUGUCCACUUCGUCACCGACACCACCAAUCCCACGAUGAUCGCAACAACGGCCAAGUCGGAGGCGGAUAAGGCCGCAAAGGUCACCAUCACGACGCUAACGAUGCGAACACUGCCGUUUACAAUCUGCGAUGGGGUUCUCAGCAGCAGACCGCCGGUGGAACUCACGGAUUUGGUGGACAGAGGCCUCAGCGCGGAGGGACACGCCCUUGGACUCGCCGCCGCCCGCCUCGCAGAGACAUCCCUCGCAUACGGUCUCCACCGCAGUCUUCUCAUUGACCGCCCAGAGGUAAUGGUAGACCUCUUUGCACAGGAGUACAAUCUCGAUAUGAAAAAGGCAAACAACGUUGUGACACGCACACGCCGUGCACUCAUUACGGCACUGAAUGCGGUUGGAUAUGGAAGUCUCCCAGACACCUGGUACCCGCGAGAAUUUCUCCGUGGUGUGCGAAGCCUCGAGACACUCAUUGGUGAGAAUAAAUUCCUGCUUGGAAACAACCCCACAAGUUACGACUGUACUAUAUAUGGAUGGCUACAGGUCGCCACACAACUUGGGGCGCACGACCCGGCAACAGAAUAUCUUAUGAAGAGUGAAAUACUGCAGGGAUAUGUUAAACGUAUGACGGAGUUGGCGUUUCCAGAUAUUGCAGAAUUACCAAGAUCAGGAGAGUCACACAAGUUCAUCCCAUAG